AUGGCUCUUAUGGAGCAGGUGUCAACAGCGAACGCAGCUAUUACAUCUUUGGAAAGUGCAGCAGGGAGAACUAAUGUAGAGCUAAAUUCAGAAACCUGCAUCUCACUGCUGUUAGGUGGAUUUCAGGUUCAUAACAACGUUUUCGCCAUCGCAGCGCGCAGGACGUGGGCAGAGGAGCAGCCGCAGAGAGCGCAGUGCGUAGGGGGGGAGCGAUCCAAGAACUCCCCCACUCUCCGAGCUCCGAAGCCGGGGAGAAGAGGCGGAGAGGAGGGGGUGGAGGUGGAGGUGUAUAGAGCCGGCGUGCGCAUAGAUUUGAUUCAGACAAGACGAGACAGCUGCGUGAGAGGACCGCGGCUGGAGCACGCGCCGCCUGAGGAACCCCUUUGGCUUCGGACGCGGGCUCUGACACGAUGCUGCUGCGAGGUGUUGUUGUCCUGUGGCGGCCAUCUUGGCUCUGGCUCUGCAGCGGUUGCUCAGUAG